ACCCCCCUCCUUCCACCCGUCCCGUACACUCCCUAGCCCCCGUCUGUCUCGACUGUCCCGAUUGCCAUUCCAAUGCACACUCCUUGAGGAGCAACAGCUACAACGGAGUUAGUGAAGUGGAUUACUUAGUUUUUAGAUAGAAAAGAUUUGCUGUAUUUUUGGAGCAAUGUGCAAGGGCAUAGAUGUGCGUUUGGAUAACAAUUUGGCAUCGGUAAAGCGCGAGAAAGGAGUUGUAGAAAGAGCGCAUUGUAAUGCUCCGUAAGCUUUGUCCAUUCUCUUCGAGGAUUUGACCGUUGAUUUCAAUGGAAAACAAAAAGUGCUUGAUUAAUACUACGUUCGACUGGAUGUAGUGGCAUGGGAUGGUUUUAUUCAUCAUAUUAAUUCAAGUGACGUGUAAACCGUUCAUCGACUCCAGUGCUAUAGGUGGUGUAUGUUGUGUGGCACCAUCCGACCGGUCCAGUCAAAGCCUUUAUUCAUGUUGCAAGAACCUAGUUUAUGACAAUGGAUUACUUGCUGUGGAUGUGCAGCUUUGUGCUUCCCGUGGUAUUAGCUGUUGAAGAAACACUAAUGGACAGCAAGUGGGCAACCACAGAACUGGCCUGGACCACGUUUCCGGAGAGUGGGUGGGAGGAGGUGAGUGGCUACGAUGACUCCAUGAGUCCCAUAAGGACGUAUCAGGUGUGCAACGUGCGCGAGCCCAACCAGAACAACUGGCUGAGGACGGACUUCAUCCCCCGUAAAGGCGUGCUACGCAUCUACGUGGAGCUCAAGUUCUCUGUCCGCGACUGCGCCAGUAUUCCCAACAUCCCCGGCUCCUGCAAGGAGACCUUUAACCUCUUCUACUACGAGUCUGACGGCGACACCGCCACGGAAAGUAGUCCAUUGUGGAGGGAGAACCCUUAUGUGAAGGUGGACACCAUCGCUCCCGAUGAGAGUUUUUCCCUUCUGGUGGCAGGCAGGAUCAACACCAAAGUGCGAAGCUUCGGACCUCUCUCCAAGGCCGGCUUCUACCUAGCCUUCCAGGACCUGGGGGCUUGUAUGUCCUUGAUAUCCGUGCAGGUUUUCUUCAAGAAGUGCUCGACGACCAUCGCAAACUUCGCCGUCUUCCCCGAGACGGCUACAGGGGCCGAGGCCACCUCCUUGGUCAUCGCCCCAGGGGCAUGCGUGUCCAAUGCGCAUGAGGUGUCCGUCCCUCUGAAGCUGUACUGCAACGGGGAUGGGGAGUGGAUGGUUCCCGUGGGGUCUUGUACCUGCAUGCCAGGGUUUGAGCCGGCCAUGACCGACACACAGUGCCAGUCAUGUACCCCCGGGUCAUUCAAGUACAAACAUGGGGAGGACUCAUGUUACCCUUGCCCCCCCAACAGUCGCACCAGCUACAGGGGGGCCAAUAUCUGCCCAUGCCAAAAUGGCUUCUACCGUGCCGACAGUGAUUCUCCGGACUCAGCCUGCACCACCAAGCCCUCGCCACCUCAAUACGUAAUCUCCACCGUGAACGAGACUUCCAUCUCCCUGGAGUGGGAAGAGCCGCUGGACACCGGCGGACGGGAUGACGUCAUCUACAACGUGGUGUGCAAGAAGUGUCUGCACGACCGGAGCCCGUGCACGCGCUGUGACGACAACGUGGACAUAUCGCCGCGCCGACUGGGCCUGACCCAGAAGAAGGUGGUAAUGAGGAACCUGCAGGCUCAUACCCGCUACAGCUUUGAGAUCCAGGCGGUCAACGGCGUCUCUGGGAAGAGCCCCGGCGCACCGCGCUACGCCACCGUCAACAUCACCACCAACCAGGCCGCACCGUCAGCAAUACCCACAGUGCACCUGAUGAAGUCCACAUCAGACACACUCAGCCUGUCCUGGCUUCCCCCAGAGAAACCCAACGGGGUUAUCCUAGAUUACGAGAUUAAGUACUACGAAAGGGGCCAGGCCAUGUCUCACACGGUGACAGCCCAGCACAGCUCAGUCCGUGUGGAGGGAUUGCGGGCUGCCACUCCCUACGUGGUCCAGGUCCGGGCUCGCACCGUGGCUGGCUAUGGCCGCUACAGCAUCCCUAAGGACUUCAGCACCUCAACACACAGUGACCCUAUGAAGUCAGUGCAGGACCAGCUGCCUCUCAUAGUGGGCUCAGCGUCCGCCGGUCUUGUGGUCAUCGUCGCCCUUGUGGUCAUUGCCAUAGUUUGCUCUCGGAAACAACGCAGCGGUUCGGAGCUGGAGUACACGGAGAAGCUGCAGCAGUAUGUUUCUCCCGGGGUGAAGGUGUACAUUGAUCCGUUCACUUACGAGGACCCCAAUGAGGCAGUCCAUGAGUUUGCCAAGGAGAUUGACAUCUCGUGUGUGAAGAUUGAGGAGGUCAUUGGUGCAGGUGAGUUUGGGGAGGUGUGCCGCGGGCGCCUGAAGCAGCCCGGGCGCCGUGAGGCGGUGGUGGCCAUUAAGACACUGAAGGCAGGCUACACAGAGCGCCAGAGGCGGGACUUCCUUGGCGAAGCGUCAAUCAUGGGCCAGUUUGACCACCCCAACGUGAUCCGGCUGGAGGGCGUGCUGACCCGCAGCUGCCCCGUGCUCAUCAUCACCGAGUUCAUGGAGAACGGAGCGCUGGACUCCUUCCUCAGGCUGAAUGACGGGCGCUUCACGGUGACCCAGCUGGUGGGCAUACUGCGUGGCAUCGCGGCGGGCAUGAAGUACCUCUCGGAUAUGAACUACGUUCACCGGGACCUGGCUGCCCGCAACAUCCUGGUUAAUACCAACCUGGUGUGUAAGGUGUCCGACUUCGGCCUGUCCCGUUUCCUAGACGACUCAUCAGCCGAUCCCACUUACACUAGCUCUCUGGGAGGGAAGAUUCCCAUCCGCUGGACCGCCCCUGAGGCCAUUGCCUUCAGGAAGUUCACUUCGGCUAGUGACGUCUGGAGCUACGGCAUCGUCAUGUGGGAGGUGGUGUCCUACGGAGAGAGGCCCUACUGGGACAUGGGCAACCAGGAUGUGAUGACUGCGGUUGAACAGGACUACCGUCUGCCCCCUCCUAUGGACUGCCCCAUGGUGCUGCACCAGCUCAUGUUGGAGUGCUGGGUGAAGGAGAGGAACCUGAGGCCCAAAUUCUGCCAGAUCGUCAGCACCCUGGACAAGCUGCUCCGCAACGCCGCCACACUCAAAGUGGUCACCAGCACAUACUCAGGGGAUCUGAUGCGGAUCGGGGGGACGUUGCCUGGCCACCACAUAAAGAGCCUGGACAGCAGUCAGAAUGACAUCGUUCGACAACAGAUGAGCGCAACUCUCCCCAUAAGGGUCUGAGGUUUGGAUCUGGACCAACAGAACAACAAACCAACACAUCAGCAGAGGAAACUGGACCCACUAGAAACCACCUAGGAGCUCUACUUGCAGAACCCAAUGAGUGAAUAAAUGGAUGACCCAUUCCUAGACAAAAACAAAAGUGGUCUGCUGUACCUACACAAAACUAACAUGGGAAAAGGACAUCUUGACUUUGGACAGCUUCAGUGGAGCUCUGUUGAGAACAGACUCUUGAGCAGCUUGUGGAGAACUUGUUUAUUGGUGUGUGCUCGCACUCAGUAUUGACAUUUGUGAUUUCGAGAACCGUCCAUUGACAGAAAGCCAAACUCUCCCUCAGGUUAUGUUUGCAUGUCUGCAUGUGUUUUCUGCUGCCUGGGAAGCGUCCUUUUUGCCAAAGUGAUUCCCAUGUCUUCCCUGCCUUUAUCAUUGACUUUGACCACGGAUGGGAACCGAUAUGGAUACUAUGUACUGGAAAGAUACAGGCGCAAUGAUGAUACAAAAGGGUUUGUUCGAAUGAUGAGUCUUUGAGGAUGUAUUCUAUGGAUUCUGAAGGAACGCGGACACCUGAAAAUAUUGUAUCCUAAUGCCCUUGGUCAGAGAACUUGAUUGCAGACUUCUAUAAGAAUUGCUGUUUUUUAUUAUCUUGUUUUGUCCACUUUCUUUAAUUGUGGUCUUUCAUGUCAGUGGAAGGUUUCGGUCUCAUGAUACUGUAUGUGUCUUUGCGUGUCCCAUUCACCUUCCCUGGAUAAAGGGGCUGACUGAGUAGGACGUAUUUGACUGUAAUACAGUACAGGACACACCAUCAUUUGCAUGCCAAAUUGGAACUGUUGUGGAUGAAUGUCAUGUGAACAAGAGACAAUGGUUCCGCAUAACUAUUAGUCUAUUUUCUUACUCUUAUUUUAUUCAACUAUGUCUUGUUUUGGAUGCUAAGUUAUUACUUAUAGUUGAAUAUAGUAUUGCGUUUUCUACAGUAAUUGAGGGAUAUCUUGUUUUUUUUUCGACACGUUAUCUUAAUACACUAGACAGUGAAUUUAAUGAUUAAACAAUAUUCAAAUAUUUUGUGGCAGCUGUAGCUCGUAGGAAAGGGUUAAUGAUGAACCAUAGCUACUUCUAGUCACCAUUGCUGGCCCACAUCGCCAGCCUGUCAGUACAGUUGUCAAUUCCAUUAUUCUGGACACGCUACUGAUAUCUUAGCCUGGGGUUCCAGUCUGUUUGUGCUUUAACCAAAUCGUCUCUGUGUUUUUCCAUUGUCAUGCCGAACAUGUUUGGUCUGACACCGAUAGUCAGGGAAGUUGGCUAAAGCACAUAGAAUAUGGGACCAGGCUAACUGGCUAACUAUGUUGAAGUGUCGGAUGUUUUCUUAAGUAAAAUGUGUCAAGGAUCCCGUGCAAAUGAAAUAUGUUACCAUUAAGAUGAUAACUAUGUGACCUCAAUAUCAACCUGACCCACAAAAAGUUUGAAUUAUUCAGUGAAUUACUCUUGACAUGUUUUUUUUUUUAAGUACGCCAGCUGUCAGUAUCUUCCGUGUUAUAUGAUCUCCCCAUCCCUACUAAAUCCGCUCAGAGUUCAUCUUCAUUUGGCCCCUCUGACCUCCGUGUGAACCUCCGUAUGUUUGUUUGUUGUUGGCAACAUCAAAAGAAAAAUUACAGUUUAAAGGGGCCAUGUACCAGGAUAGAAAAAUCUAUGUGAAAUAAGAAAAACAAGGAAAUGUCCGUCAGGGCAGACUUCUUUCUGUAAGACUAAGGUGUAUGGAAUUGUCUGCCAGGGCAGACUUCUUUCUGUAAGACUAAGGUGUAUGGAAUUGUAAAAAAAAAAAGAAAGAAGAAAAAAAAGAAACUAGAACAAAAUACGCAUUUCUCUCUUAGUAUUUUUUCGAUAAUCAUAUGCAAAUCAAUUAUUAAAGUGAUCUAUGGUAUUCUCUUUUA